AUGUCGGUCCGUAUCGUUCUUGAUGAGCCGGAAAACAGGUGCUACACCAACCUCGACUUCAUAACCGGCUCCAUUCAUCUUGUGCUGCCUAGCGACUCGGCAAUCGCCGCCAUCAAUGUCAAACUCGAGGGCGAAAGUCGUACUCGACUUACCGCACCCAAGUUCCCUGGCAAUGAACGCUCGGAUAAAAAGAGAGUGGAGCUAGAAUUACACAAGUUAUUGUACAAAGUCCUGACAGUCUUUCCCACCCCCGAAUUCCAAGAAAGGACCACUAGCACACAUGGAUACACACUUUUGGCCGGCCAAUACGUGUAUCCCUUCAAGUUCAAAGUUCCGUUUAAUAAUGAUUGCACAAAUACCCCAAAUGCUUUGAAAGAUAUCAAACUCGGUCAAGUCAAUGUUCAAUUUGCCCCUGUUAUCACGAAACAUAUCAAGAAGACUCUACCUCCAUCUCUGAGUGGCUUUCCCGGAGAGGCGGAGAUCAAAUACUACAUCAAGGCCACAGUUGUGAAACCCAAAUUCUUCCAGGAGAAUAUUCGAUCGAUCAACGAUAUUAAAUUCCUGCCCAUCGAACCACCCCGAGGCCCCAAUACGCACGAAGAGACUUUUGCCCGCCGAAAACGUCAAUUUCAACGAUAUGGCGCUCAGGCUCAGAAAAAGGGCCUUUUCAAAAAGUCCUCGACACCUGACUCGGCCGAAGAAGAGCCCCCCGCUUUUCAGGUAGACGCACGACUGCCCAGUCCUGCUAUCGUCACUUGCAAUGAACCACUUCCACUCCGAAUACUAGUCGAAAAAUUGAACGAUAGCUCCGCCAGCGUCUUUCUUAGCAUGUUUCAAAUUGAGCUUUUUGGAUACACACGGAUUCGCGCCCACGAUCUUGAGCGGGUUGAGAGUAGUAGCUGGCUACUCACAUCGCAAGCUAACAUGAACAUGCCUCUCGGAAAUCCCGUGGACAAGUCUCGCAAGGAGUGGAAACUACCCUCACGUCUCUGGGAAGACCUACCAAUCCCAAAUACUGUUUGUCCCAGCUUCGAAACCUGUAAUCUCGCUCGGGAUUAUGAAGUUGAGGUACGAGUCGGGUUGGCUCACGGUAUGGCAGGUGGUGUUCGACCUGAGCUUAUGGUUCUACCUCUCAGACUACCUGUCCAAAUCUAUUCGGGUAUUGCCCCUCCAGCCAAACUACUUGAGUUGAUGGCCAACAAUCCGGUACGCCAACCAAUCCCACCUCCCCUUAUCCCGAGGCCAUCAGAUAGCAAAGCCACCCAUAGCGCAGCAGAAUCAUCGGCGCCGACUACACCUCUUUAUGAGCCCAGUACACCACUGCAUGACAUAAAUUCCCACCCUGCUCCAGUCGGCAACUAUGCUGCCCAGCAACCCUCAGACUAUCCUGAUGAUGCCCCUCCAUCAUAUGAGGACGCCAUUGCAGACGAAGUGGCUCCGGUUGAUGGUCCUCGACGAGACUACAACCUUCCCCCCUCAGCCAACGCAGAAGGCCCAGCAUUUAAUCCAGACUCGAAAAGCGGCCUUAGUCGCCGAGUCAGUGAGAGAUUGUUCGCUUCCAAUGCACCAUCAGGCCCAUUUAGAAGUGCCUCAACACCUUCUGCUCUUAACUCUAACUCAAAUACGAUUCCUGAAGAUGGCCUUGAUGAAGCAUCCCCAAGCUCCCCUCAUACGACUGAAAGCCUUUCACGGCCGGCGAACUGGAAACGUAGUCUCAGUGGCAAGUUUGGUGGAGAGAAGGGCUAG